CUCUACAAGGACGUCAUGAUGGACAAUCAGCCGCCCCUCACAUCACCGGAUGGAUCCAGUCAUGGGAACCCACCAGAGAGAUGUCCCCGUCCUCUGUAUUCCCGGGAUUCCACACAGGAAGGUCACACCAUCCCUCACCAUCAUCAGGUAGAUGAUGACAAUUAUUGGAACCCACCAGAGAGAUGUCCCCGUCCUCUGUAUUCCUGGGAUUCCACACAGGAAGGUCACACCAUCCCUCACUAUCAUCAGAGUGGAAACCUGAGAGAUCCUAAAGUUGAGGUUAAAGAAGAGAUAAAAGAGGAGGAGGAUGAGGAUGGGGGUGAUGGAGGAGUCAGAGAUUCCAAAGAACACAAAGAUCUGUACCAGGACACCAUGAUGGAGCCACCUAAUACCAGGAACCCCCACCAGAGAGAUGUCCCCGUCCUCUGUAUUCCCGGGAUUCCACACAGGAAGGUCACACCAUCCCUCACCAUUACAAGGGUGAAGAUCCAAUCGAUAUAAAAGUUCAGGUUAAAGCAGAAGAAGAAGAGGCGUAUGUGAGGGAUGAUCAGCAGUCUAUGGAGGAGGAUGGAAUAACGGGGACAUUUAUAGAGGAGGACAUCCCUACAGAGAUCAGCACAGUCCAUGGCCGGGAGAUGAGGAAAACCUCCGAGGAUUGUCUCACUUUGUCUCCAGACUGGAAAGUAGAAGAUGAGGACAUCACACAGUAUAGUCCAGGAGAAAACCCGGCUCCCUCCAAUGUCCAU